UUGUGCAAAAUGAGUUUAUAAACUUUAGUUAUCACGGAUACAGGCGAGUAUUGUUGUGAAACGUAGCAUAGAGAAGUUAUUUUGUGAACUCAGUGCAUUCAUUAGCUUAGAAGAUAGAAGAUAUGCCUCUAGACAACCACAUAGAAUAACAACUAUUCCUUAACAAACCGAUCACCUCGUAAGUGAACCCAGCUGAGUACGACGAGAGCAUCAUGAGCCUUAAACAGUCAUUUGAUGUCCGCAGGGCACCACUCCAGAUCCAUGCAGGCCAUAGCCAGCGAGACUCUGGGCUGCGACACAUCCAUUGACAUCACGAAGUUCCUGAGCCGAUCCACCAACACCCUCCCGCCCUCGGCCAGGUCUUCCAGGAGAAAUUUCUCGCUCAAGGUGAAGGAGAUUAAUUUGGACAUCGACGGGGCGAUAAACAAAGCCACGCUCCCCCCUCACCCGCCGGGGAAUUCCGGUGCAGCGGAAGAGGAACGGAGAGAUACCAAGAAAUCGCACGAUUCGAACAAAGGGGCCGGCAGCAGCUCCCCGCGGGCGUCUCCCAUGAAAGGACAGCCGAACAUGACGGCGCUCAGGGAGGUGUCAGAUCUGAUAUCCCAAGAAGACACCGUGAGCCACAACACACACCCAAGCAUUGGGGAUGAAAUCUCAGGCAUUUUGGAGAAUCUGACAUCUCUUGCCGGCAGUUUGAGUGCGCUAGCUGCACCUUCGUCUCCACCAUCAGCAGGGAAAAAGAGGAAGUGUACAUGGGAACACUUCGGGGGCGACAAGGAAAAUCGAGGGAGUACCACUAGCCUCCACGGCAUCAGGCUACAGAAUGCUUCCUUCAACCCCCAGUUCCCCGAGAUCAGAUCGAGCGAAUCGUCUGAAGUAAUAUUCGACGAGAAAACGACUCAGGCAAGCGAGGACACGCCACGCAAGAGUAGCGGAGGUUUCCUCGACCUCUCCAUCUGGAAGGACUUCACGGCCAUUCUCGAAAAGAAGACGCCAAUGAAGAGCAAUUACUUGAAUUUCAGCAACAACUUCAGUAACUGGCAGUGCCCCGGCGCGUCCUUCUCGUUCUCCACUUUCGGCAAAGGACCCCCCGAAGCCACCAAAGCACCCGACCGGUCGCAGAGCGUGGCGGACCUGAGCGACACCCCAUUCCUGGCCAAGGACGCUGGGCACGCAGACUCCCCCUCUGGGAACCGCGAGGAGUCCGCCCGCCUUUCGUCCUCCAGCUACUCCAUUAGUCCUUCGAGCGCGACCUUCGGCACGCCUCAGAGACUGAAGGACCUCCACUUGGUGCACCAGCGACUGGCAGCCAUCAAGAACUCGCUCAGGUAGACGUGAAGGAAUCAUGUGCCAAGGUAAAAAAGAGUUGAUUGGAUGCACUGUUUACGUGAUAGCUGUCUCUUCUUUUGGAUGUUGCAUGGUUUAAGAAAAUAGUUUUACUCAUUUAGAUUAAUAAUUUUUCUGAUAAGUUUAUGAUGGCUUUAUUUAUCGCCCAGUGUUAAUGUUGAUGACUUACUGGCAGCUUUAAUUAUUUUGUUUGUGGAUGUGUUAAUUUGUUUAUAAAAUACCGUAUAGCUAACCUUUAUGGUUGUAAAAUAAAUUGUUAUUUUCUACUGUUUAAACACAGUUUUAAUUUGUGCUGUACAUAUUGUUAUUUUUUGUAAUCUGUACAUAAACUGAAUUAUGCCGUCCAUGAGAUGCAUGUCUAUGAAAGUAUGGUAAGUAACGUAGCUGUAACUUCCCAGUGUUGUUCACAUUAUGGAUGUCUUCGGCAGCAUUAUCAAUCUUCUCAUCUACUGCAAUGUGUACAUACAGAACAAUAUUACAUGCAUGAUCAUUUCAGUAUUUUACUCAAUUACAUUCUCUUAGCUUCUCAGUUUAUAUAUAUUUGCAUUAAGGAACGAAUCAUAACUAAUCUGUCCACUGCAUUAGCGAGCAGUAUCUCAGUUUAGAGUAUGCUUUCUCAGAGGAAUUUCUAACUCAGAUUUAUUAUAAUUUGGUAUAGUGGGUAUUGGGGUACAUUUGAAUAUAUGAUUAAUAAAACUCGUUUUAACAAAAA